AUGCGUCAGCUAAAAUAUAUGAUUAUUUUAGUUGUGCUUGUACUUGCUGUGCAUUUGGCAUAUGCAUCACACGACGGUGAAAGAAAACACGACAAGAUAAAAAAUAGACAUGAAAAUCUUAAAGAACAAGGAUUCUAUGAUUUCAUUGUUGUUGGAUCGGGACCAGGUGGGGGUACUGUUGCCACGCGUUUAGCAUUACGUGGAUUCAAAGUUCUUCUUAUCGAAGCUGGAAAAGAUUAUAAUACAAGAAAUACAUCGAUUCCCGCUCUGUGGCCAAACAGUAUCAAUGACGAUGAAAUGCGUUGGGAUAUGAUGG